AUGAGCGAAAUCGGAAAGAUGUACGAUGUGAUGUUGCAUGAAGCGAGCCUGUGGCAUAAUGAACCUCCUUACCGUAAGCGAAAGCUUGAAGUUUUUGUCCAUUCUCCACCACCUGAGCAUUCUCCACCCUCUCCCGUAGAUGCUGAUCAUUUCUCCGACGAAGACGACAUGGAUCUGGUCGAAAAAGAAAAGUACCAGAAGCAAGUUCAGGAGUCUUGCGGGUUCGAUGUUGAUUUCUUCAAUCAUACGUUUACUGGAAUAGUUCCCAGUGGAUGUACUCCCUACAACACACUCUUUGCAAAGGCAGGACUCCAUUGUUACAAUAUUGAAAAGGGGAAGAAGUUGCAGUUGAAGAGUGUUGUCAACGUCAACGCAGAAAUCGCUUCGAUGUUCAAUUCCUAUUCAACAUCAGAGGUGAUUGAUCCGGACGACAACUCACUGCACACUUUCCAAACCAUGGUCACGGAUGCAGUGAAGGAGAAGAACACAAGCUUGAUACUUUACACAGUCAUAUGCAGAAUCAAGCCUCAAGUACCAGGCAUUGGAGAUGCAAGUGUCGAUUGGGACUCUGACGCUGUAGAUGAAUUCUACAAAACUGAUUUGCCUGAUUGGCCACUGAAUGAUGGAGUUGAUAAGCUAGACUUAUAUGAGGUGAAAGAGACAGAGUUGCGUGACAAUGAGUGGCUUUGUCUAUAUGCUGAAACUGCGUUGUUCACCAAAUGGAAAUCUGACUUGAGUGCGUAUAUGCCAUUUGAGAUGAAGAAAGUAAUGGUGCAGACAAAGGAAGAUGUAGAGUCGAGCAUGAAGCUAAAGUCGAGUAAUGCAAUCUUCUUUAUGAGUUUCAAGGUUCGUGGAGGUCUAGACUGCAGAGGCAUAAAGAAGUCGAUGAGCGAUAUCGGAGUGAGGUACGAUGUGAUGUUGGAUGAAGCGAGGCUGUGGUUUGACGAACCUCCGAGGAAGCUCGAAGAUCCUGUCGAGUCUCUACCAUCUCUCGUAGAUGCCGAUGAUCUCUUCGACGAAGACGACAUGAGUUUUGCCGAGUGGGAAAAGUAUGCGAAGCAAGUUAGGGACUCUUGCGGUUUCGAUGUUGAUAUGUUCUUUCAUACAUUCGGUGGGAUAAUUCCCAGUGGAUGUGGUCUAGAGGAUACACUCUUCGCAAAGGCAGGACUCCAUUAUUACAAUACUGAAAAGGGGAAGAAUUUGCAAUUCAAAAGAGUUGUCAAAGUCAACGCAGAAAUCGCUUCAAUGUACAACUCCUAUUCAACAUCAGAGAUAAUGGAUCCGGACGACAACUCACUGCACACUUUCCAAACCAUGGUCACGGAGACAGUGAAGGAGAAGAAUGCAAGGCUGAUACUAGUCACAAACAUAUGCAGAAUCAAGCCUCAAGUACCAGGCUAUGGAGACGCAACUACCAUUUGGGACUCUGACGCUGUAGAUGAAUUCUACAAAACUGAUUUACCUGAUUGGCCACUGAAUGAUGGAGUUGAUAAGCUAGACUUGUAUGAGGUGAAGGAACCAGAGUUGCAUGACAAUAAGUGGCUUUGUCUAUAUGCUGAAACUGCAUUGUUCUCCGAAUGGCAAUCUGACUUGAGUGCGUAUAUGCCAUUUGAGAUGAAGAAAGUAAUGGUACAGACAAAGGAAAAUGUAGAGUCGAGCAUGAAGCUAAAUUCGAGUAAUGCAAUCUUCUACAUGACUUUCAAGGUUCGUGGAGGUCGAGGCUGCAGAGGCAUAGUAAGAAGAACAAGUGAUGGAAGAACAAGACACAUGUGCCUUGAAGCUAGGUGUUGGGUCGACAAGUAA